AUGAAAGAAGAAGAAAUGAAAGUAGAGCCAGGCAGUGUGAGUUAUCCAGUCUCUGGCUUCCUUCAGAGGGAUCUCUUCCAUGGUAUUAUUUACUAUCAUCACCUUGGUGGGGAAAUCUUUGAGGAUUCCUUUGAGUUUGUCCUGUAUGACAGCCAUGAUCCUCCUAACCUCUCAGAGCCACAGGUGGUAAUAAUGCAUAUCAUGCCAGUGGAUGACCAACUUCCUAAAGAAGUUGCAGGAGUGACUCGGCAUCUGGUUGUCAAGGAAACCGAGGUGGUUCAUCUCACUAAGAAACAUCUGCAUUUUGUAGACGUGGAAUCUCGUGAAAGGGAACUUCUCUACACAGUAACAACACCUCCAUUUUUCUCCUUUAGUUACAGACAUUCAGAUGCUGGGAAAUUGUUCACGGUGGAUAGUGUGGCAAAGCUGAUGAAGGACCCUACAGCUCCAAGCCUGAAAUCAUUCACUCAGCAUGCAGUCAAUUUCUUGAAAGUGGCCUAUAUGCCACCAAUGCAGGAUAUUGGCCCUGUUCCUCUGCAUGUCCAGUUCGUUUUUUCCAUCAGUAAUCAACAUGGGGGCACACUUCAUGGAAUCUGCUUUAACAUUACUAUUCUCCCAGUAGACAAUCAAGCUCCAGAGGUAUUUGUGAAACCCUUGAAAGUGGAGGAAGGAGGUCUGUGCACUAUCACAACCGAGCAUAUUCUGAUUUCAGAUAUGGAUACUAAGCAAAGUGACCUCCACAUUCACCUACAGCGAUGCCCACUGCAUGGAGAAGUGGAGCUAGAUGGGUUUCCCCUAAGUCUAGGGGACAUAUUUUCCUGGAAAGAUCUCCACACAUUAAAAGUUAGGUAUCGUCAUGAUGGGUCUGACGUUCUGCACGAUGUCAUCCGUUUUGUGGCCACAGACGGCACUAAUUCUGCAGCAUUUGACCUACAGGUCAAGGUGCUGCCUGUAAAUGAUGAACCGCCUGUUCUGAAAGCAGAUCUGAUUCCUGUUAUGAACUGUCAGGAGGGAGGGGAAGUGAUCAUCACCUCAGAUUAUAUUAGUGCUACUGAUACGGACAGUGAUGACCUGAAACUGAUGUUUGUGAUAGCUCGACAGCCUCGUCACGGGAUUGUGCAUAAAGCUGGGAUCAUUGUGGAUCGUUUCUCUCAGGCAGACAUCAUUUCAAAAGUCAUGACAUACAAGCACACAAGUGGAGAGAUUGGUUUGGUCCCUUACUUCGACACGAUUACCUUUAUGGUUUCUGAUGGUGAAGCUGGACCAUAUGUAAAUGAAUGUUGUUACAAUGGACCUCUUCCUCCUCCUGUUCCACUUCAUGAUUCAUUUCCGGUGUAUGAUCUCCAUAUCACCAUCUACCCAGUGGACAACCAGCCACCAUCUAUUGCAGUCGGUACUGUGUUUGCUGUGGAUGAAAGCUUCUCAGCUGCCAUUACCGUUAAUCAUUUAUUUGCCACUGACCCCGACACUGAAGCAGAUGACUUAGAGUUUGUUUUGGUUUCACCUCCUCAGUUUGGGUACAUUGAAAAUACACUACCGACCCCAGGUUUUGAGAAAAGCAACAUGGGCAUAAGCAUAGCAUCAUUUCAGUGGAAACACAUGAAGGCUUUGCACAUAAACUAUGUGCAGUCCAGGCAUCUGAGGAUAGAACCAACGUCAGACCAGUUUAUGGUGUACGUCACGGAUGGGAAACAUCGUUCUUUGGAGACACCAUUUUACAUUAAAAUCAACCCGACAAAUGAUGAAGUUCCUGGCUUUGUAGCACGGAACAUCACUGUGGUUGAGGGCCAGAUGAAGGAGCUCGAUCCUUCCAUCAUCAAUGCAGUUGAUCUCGAUAUUCCCCAGGACCGCUUAAUGUUCACAGUCACCCAACAGCCACAGCAUGGAAUUCUUGUUGAUGGGGUGCUUGGCAAUGAUGUCACCUUCUAUAAACGAUUAAUUAAUAUGCAUCAGAAUCCCAAAUUUCCUCUGCACAACUUCUCCAUGGAUCUUCUCAAGACUGGAAUGAAGUUGAUGUACGUACAUGAUGACUCUGAAAAUCUUGAGGAUAGUUUCACAAUUCAGUUGUCAGAUGGGAAACAUAAAAUCCUGAAAAGCAUUUCGGUAAAAGUCAUGCCAGUUAAUGAUGAGAAACCAGUGAUGAACAAGAAGGGUGAAAUAACAGUGAAUAUGGGUGAAACUCGGUUUAUUUCUAGUGCCAUUCUCUCUGCUUUAGAUAAAGACACCCCCAGGGAAAGGAUUUACUAUUUAUUUGAAAGACUUCCAGAAAAUGGGCAGCUUCAGCUCCAGAAAGAUCAUGUGAACCAGUAG